AUGUUUUCAUCAAUAAAUGAAGAACUUGCACAUUAUAAAACUCGUGUUUUUGAUUUAGAGCAAACAUUACUUGAUACACAGAGUUCUAUGGAAGAAUUCCAAUCUUCGUCAAGAGAAUUGGAAGAAGAACUUGAACGUGAAUUAGAACAAUCAGAAAGAAGAUAUGUUGAUAUAAAAGCAAAGAAUGAAAUGUUGAAAGAUGAAGUAGAUCAAUGGAAGCAAAAAUAUUACCAAGCUAGGUCUGAUGCCAAUGUCACACAACAACAAAUGCAAAGAGAACUUGAUAGUUUAAGAAAAGUUGAAAAAACGUAUGCUAUAAAAACCCGUGAGUUGGAACUUGACAAUGAUGACUUAGAAAGAACAGAAAGAGCUGCAAAAUGUUCAUUACAAGAUUUAGAAAACAAAUACAAUAAAGCAAUAGAACGUAAUGCAAUCUUAGAAAAUGAAUUGGAAGGAAAAAACAUAUUAAUUGUCCAAGUACAAAGAUUAAAAGAUGAAUUAAGAGAUGUGAAUAUAGAAUUGGCUAUAUUGAAAAAUAAACAAGAUGGUGAAUAUGGCCCACCACCACCAUCAGAGGUCUGA